AUGGAGAUAACAAUAUCUCAGUUGUGCUCUCGGGUUAAGCUCUCAGUCUCUUCUUCGUCAUCAUCUUCACUGAUCUGCUUAAAUGGAAACAGUAAGAGGAACCUAAAUGGAGCUGUUUCAGUCAAUUUCUUGAAAAAGAUUGAGCAGUUCAGUAAUGUUAGCUUCUUCACCACGAAUAAGAAACACAAAAGUCACGCGCCGGUAGUUACAGCAACACGCGCUUCCGUGGAUGAGAAUCAAUCCCCAACUUCCGGUGCCGGAGGAGAACGGUGGCUUCUCCAACCAGUUGGAGAUGGAGACACAAGACACAUUGGUUACAAAGUUGAAAUGCCUGCUCCUUUCGAGAUCUCUUCCGGCCAAGUUACCGUCGGACGGCUACCGGAAAAAGCUGACGUAGUGAUUCCUGUGGCCACCGUUUCGGGAGUACAUGCAACAAUAGAUACAAAAGGAGACAACCUUCUUGUGACGGAUAUGAACAGCACGAACGGUACAUUCAUUGAAGACAAACGUCUGAUUCCUGGUGUUGCAGCUCCUGCUUUUCCCGGAACACGAAUCACAUUUGGAGACACAAAUCUAGCAAUCUUCCGAGUUUUCAAGCUCCAAGAUAGUAAAGAUUCCUCAGAGAAAUCGUCUGCAGAGUAA